AAAACCCUUGGGGAAGGGAAGGAGACGCCUAUGGAAGGAGAAGAAUCACAGCCGAUUCCUGUUUCCCGACAACAUAUCGCAGAUGCGGAGAUGGCGGCUGCCCACACCGUAUCCGAUUCAGAUGAUUCGGAUUCUAGUGACUCCGAAAACGAAGCAGAGCAGGCUGUUGAGCUGCAAAACUUACAAUCCUAGCUCUCCACCAAUCCCUCCAACUAUGACGCCCACAUUUGGUACAUUAAGCUUUCGAGGAAAAUGGGUGAACUUGAUAAGCUAAGGCAAGCGAGGGAAACUAUGAGUGGUUUGUUCCCAUUGGGCCCUGCGAUUUGGCAGGAGUGGGCUAAAGAUGAAGCUUCCCAUUCAUCAGGGUAUUUAAAUUUCUGUAGCAUCUCUUGUACAAAGCCCUAGCUUCAUUUAUGUUAUUCAUUUUAACCGUUGGUGAAAAUGAAGCUAGGCUUUGUACCAGAGAUGCUACAGUAACAGUUUUAGUGGGACAGGUUCAGAGUACAGAAGGUAAAAACUCCUGCGAUAGUUCUAUUCUGCUGUUUAGAUACUGUUGUAGUUUCUCAAAGUAACAGCAUGUAUUAUGCUAUUUAUUGGCCUUCAAAUUUGUAUAGAUGUAUUUCUCGGCAAAGGAUGUGUGAAUUACAUGGACAGAGGUGCUGACCAAAAACAAUAAUAAUAAUAAAACAAAUAAACAAGGAGUUUAAUAUAUUAAUUUUUUGAAUAUCUAUGUCUUGGACUCAUGGACAACUGUUUUGUAUAACAGUUUACAGGGUUUUGUUUGGCUCAGAACUAUGAAGAUAAUUGGUUUUGUGUUACAUUGUUAGCCUUGAGUCUGUAUUAAUUUGUGUUUGAAGGAGUUGUGUCUUUGUCAACAUCUGAAGAAAAUUUGUUGGUGUCU